AGUGUUGGGCCAUGGGUGGGGGAGGGUGGAGUGCUGCGCUGCUCUGUCGCUGGCCUCGACUCGGCCAGUCUAGUGCGGAUCGCGUUGUCGAGUCCAGCUCAGGUGCGCUCCGACCGCCAUCUUUCAUCGACGCCAUGCGACGCCAGCAGCGACAGUGCGCGACUAGUGAACAGCUGAUCGACAAUAUUCGAAGCUGCUGAUUACUGCCAGUCAUGCCUGACGGUUGGCUGCCAGCGCUGGUAUUGAUGUGGCUGUGUGCGAUGCCGGCGCUGGGUUUGCCGACGCCGAGACGCCUGCCGGAGCCACAGGCAUUGGUGAGGCAGCCGCAACCCGCACCGCGACUCUCAGCUCACAGACAAGAGGUGCUCGCCGGCCGCGACUUCCUCAGCGUGUUCAUGCGUACUUCCUCGUCACACAGUGCAUCCCGGCACCACCCGGGUCGCGCGACCGCCAUCGGCUCCGACUUCUCGGAGAACAGCAACUCAGUGCACAGGGUGGAGGGUGAGGAGAGAGACAUCAACCACAAAGGAGAAAACGUUCUGGAGGCGACCGAUUACGCCGAAGAGUUCGAGUCGGCUAGGAAUUUCAAUAGCAGAGACCGAUUCACGGAAGACCAACGACUGUCUCUAGACGCCGUCUCACCUACUACUACCCCCAUCGUUACCGAAAUCCCCACCACCACCACUACCGAAAUCCCUUCAACCACUACACCUGCCUCAGAGCCUGAGGACGAGGCAGCCGUCAGCACGUUCUACGACCUGGACGAGGAGAAUCCGUCCGAAAUCGGGAUGGGCGCCCUGACCGAGCAGCCCUCCUUCGCCAGCUACUGGGCACGCUUCACCGAGAGAGCGUCCUCCACGCCUCCAACACCACCUCCCACCCCAAGCUCCUCACAUGACAACGAGCAGCCGCUGCAAGUCAUCUCCGUCCGAGUCUCGUCGUCUGUCGUUCGUCACUCUCAUAAGGUUGACGACCACUCUACACCGAAACCAUUCGAAAGCGAGAAACUGGUGAAGACUGCCAGCCGGCUGGUGACAGAGGAGCAGCCAACACUGACCGCCGUGCAGCGAAGCUCACUCAAUGUGGAGGAGGCGCCUCUCAUCGAGGCUCAGGGUCACGGAGGUCACCAGGUCCAGAGUCAGCACUACGCACCCUACAGACCUGCCCAGCAUCCACAAGUCAUACCAAUACACACGUCAUCCACCACAGAGACCACGCCGCAGACAUCAACUCCCCCUAACUCAUUCGGAGUCCGUAACCUACAGAAACCAGCUAGUCAAACAAACGGAUUCAGCGAACAGCAGACAUCUGUUGGAGCCCAAUACCAAUCAACCGACUACCACAACAGUCCUGAAGCUUUAGCUGCCGUUCAGGAGGAGAUCAACGUACACCGUACCGAUUUUCUGAAACUUAAAGAUACCAAACCAGAAAACCGUACUCACAAAGUGAACAGAUACGAGUUGGAGAACAAACCAAGGAGUGAAGAUGAUGAAGGUAGUGAUUUUGUUGAGAGAACACAACCUAACCAUGGGUACAGACAAUAUGGGGGACAAGAUAAGAAGGAAGGGAAGGGGGGAGAUUCUGUGACAAGCUAUGAUAAUGAACCAAAAGCGUUAGCUUACCAUUAUGACCCACAAAAUCCGCAGUUGUCACCGGUGAGUUAUCAAACGAGUGUUUCGUCGGCAACGUCGGGUAGUCGAGUGCGGUUCUACAGUGAGCCGCUGGGUUACAGGAAGGCGUCACAGCGACAAACACUGGAGCAGCAGCAACCGGUGGAACCGACACUGCAGCAGCAGCGACCGGUGACACCGGAGCGUAGCUACCAGCAGCCGGAACGGGUGUAUGGUGUGCCUGAACAGAACUACGAGGUGGACGAGGCUGUGAGUGUGGUGACCAAUGGGCGAGCUCACGGCGUCCAGAGUCCUGCACCUGGACCUUCACCACCUCCGUCAGGUCCCCCGCGACCCGGUGACAGCGAGGACCCCAACAAGUCUGGCUACGUGCUGGAGGGCAGGAACUUCCGCAAGUACCGCGUCGAGGAGAAGACGGCCGACGGGUUCAUAGUCGGCGAGUAUGGCGUCGUCAGCCACGAUGACGGUAGUCUGCGUGGCGUCCGCUACACGGCCGACAGCACCAUCAACCCAAGACUCAUCUACGACGCACUCGUCAAGUUCCUAUCGCUCAAGUGAACAACCAAGCUCAACGCAACGCAAACAACACACGCUCUGGCCUGCUGCUCGAUGCACUAAUGGAUCAGUUUUUUUUUUUAUCGAAACGAGGAAACUUUAUGUAGCUUUUCUACUAACAAAUAAUCCGCAUACUAGCAAAAGCUUCUUAAAAAUUAUUGUGCAUUAAAGCUAUUGUCAGCUCUAUUGAAGUGUUUAUAUUUUGUUUAUAUUAUCUUUGAAAACUUGGGAUUCUCGAUUAUAAUAUUAGAUGAUAGUAUUCAAUAAUAUUCCGGGAUUGAUAGUAUUGUAACUCGGUAUGUGGAAAAGUCAAAGCUUAUUGUCAUUGCAUUGAAUUAGUAAUGUAUUGUACAUUUUUUAGGUAGUAGUGAAGCUUUAUUGUCCUGCGAUAUAUAUUUAUCUAUCCACAUAUAGAUUCUUCCUAUGAACUUCACUUGACUUAUUUUAAUCUUCCAGUCGUCCGUUUCACAACCUCUACUGAUGAAGCAGAUACUUAAAGAUUUAUGUUUAAUAGCAAAAAUGUUUUCAACCUUGAUAUUAUACUGUUGAUUGAAAAUUCGAUAAAAUCAUUUAUAAUUAUUCGUCUAAUUUAAACUUUCCAUCUGUGAAAUUCUUCUAUUGCUUUCUUCAAUUCUAACUCUUUUAGAAUGUAGGAUAAGUAUUAUGUAUUAAUUACUGGAUAGAUUGUAGAUUUAAUUUUAUUUAUUUGUGGACUAUUAGUGAAAAAUCAUUGAGCUGCAGGCCUCACUACUUCGAUGAUCCAUGAUUUGCCACAGAUCAAUAGAUUCAGAAGUGGCCGUGUGUUGUGUGAUACACUGUAUAUUUUAAAACAUGAUUGGACUUUACGGAUAUAUCUAAUUGUGCCAAAUUAAAUUCUCACCAUUAUUUGCUUCUCAAAGAUCAAAAUGCGAAUUAAAACUUGAUAUUAUUAAUGUCUUGCUCAAGUUCAACUUCUCCAAGAAGUGCCUUAUAUUUAUUUAGUUACUUAUAAGAAAGUUUCAAGUCGAUAACACUGUCUAUUAUAAUAUUCUAAAUCUACUCAAAUCAUAAUUGUUCAGAAUUACGUUUAUUUGAUCAUAAUUUCUCUUGAAGAGCUAGUCAAUUUGAAUAUUUGUAUUUGAAUGACUACUUAGACUAGUUACAAAUUUUUUAUCAAACUGAAUUCUUUCAUUUGUACUAAUUUACAUUUACAUGAGUCAAAAACAUCUUGCUCAAUUUUGCUAUGAAGUUGUUAUUACCAAAAGGAACACAAGCAUGCAUGUGGAAUGAAAUAAAUUCUUUUGCACAUUACAACAUGGGAUUCUUCUUCGAUAUGAUUAGGCUACAUUCUACACUAAUUCUCUCUCAUAACAUGCUUUAAUAUUGGUCUACUCGCAACUAAAAUCUUCGAAGUGGAUUGAGCAUGGUCGAAUGCAUCUCCUGAUCUAUGAACCUCUAGUAUCAGUCUAUAGUUCAAGAUCACGUUUAGAUUAUUAGAGCAAAACUGAAAUGAUGAAAACUCACAAGAUUACUGUUCCAAAAAAAUGUUAGUCCACUGAAUUAUCUACUCCCAUCAGCAUUUUUCAAAUGAUUCCCAAGAUUUUUCAAGAGAUAAUUUCCAUCUCCUAUGUUAAAUUGUUUAUUCAAGGGUUUUAUAAGAAAUUUACUAUUAUCUGUAAUGAUUUCCCUACAAUGAACACAGAACUAUAACAAAAACUGGAAUGGAAUCUUGUAUCUAAACUCUAAAGUCUACAAGACCAAUACAGCCUUACAUUGGAGAUGGUGGAAAAUGUUAUGAAUAAAUUCCAUUAAGUUCAUUAAGAGAUGUUUCAUCAUUAUUCAGUAAAUUAGAGCUUGGAGUUAAUUAUAACUUGGGUGAUUGAAAACACUAUAGAACGACUGGCAUCAAUAGGCCUAUUUACUCUAACGAAGAGUGAUAAUAACUCAGUCUAUCAAUCUAAACAAUUCAAUGACAACACAACAAUAGAUUAGGAACUGGUAUUGGAACAUCAAAUAAUGAAAAAUAGUUCAAAUUGAGUUAAGAGCUUUUCUAGAACAAGAUUAACAUUGUACACCACUACUGCGACUUGUAUUGAAUGACCGUGACAAAUUUUGUAGUUUUAUUAUGUGAAGUGAUAUUACACAUACAUGAGAUACGACUACAAUAUUUUUUAUAAAUGUAUUACGUUUUUCGGUGAUAAUUUUACUUCAUAUUAGAGAUAUUAUUUAUCAUAAUUAAGUGCUGAGUAGAUUCCUAAUGAUUUAAGUUUAUUAAAUGAUUUACUUUUAAUGACAUGGUUACAGCUUUACAACACUGUGAAUGUGAUAUGAUUAUACUCUGAAAUUAUAAUUAUAUGAGAUCAAUGUGAAGAAGUCCUGCUUGAUAAUGAUUUUGAUAAUCUUGAAUUAUACAUAGGAAUUCCCAAUAUUGUAAUACGAACUGAUCAGUCUUAUUCUAUUUUCAUUGGAAUCAUUAACAAGAGUAUGUAUUGAUUUCUGUCUUUUCAAACUGUAACUUAUACCUAACGUGAAAUGAGCUGAAGCCAUAAUUUCAUUCUAUUUGUAACACUUAGGUUCAUUUUAUUAUAUGAAAUGCAUGCUUCAAGUGAUUACAUAUUAGUACUUAAGAUUUACUUAAGCUGACUCGCUGUUUUUCCCUAAGGAGAAAAUAAAACUGAUAUGCAAUAA